CUUGCAUUUUCACGUGUUGAAUUCAACAUUAUUUUCAAAAGGUUUCCCGAAUCGUUGUCUGCAAGGAAAUUGAUCAAUUUUGAAAGUUAUCAAUCGGGAAAUCCUAAAAUAGUCUCUUUGGAAUACAUUCACCAGGCCUUGAAUCCAAAAUCAAUAUCCGUAACAUCAAUUUCCUGCGAAACAAAAAUGAAUUUCGAAAACGAGGACAGUUUGCAGUUUGAGCAUUUGGCUGGAGGGAAUAUAAUUGAAAAACCUCCCAUAUACGGUAGUUCAGGAGAACACUUGCUGUUCCUGUCGGGUGAUGUUAUCAACGUGUAUUCCACAACCACCGGCCAACUGGUACGUAAGCUGGUGGGUGCCACAACCCCCUUGGCAGACUAUGACUUUGAAUUGGAUAAUGAGCACAUUGUUGUGGCCUGCAGUCAGUCUGGCGAAAUAUUGGCAUGGACUUGGAAAACUGGCGAGUUAAUGGGCUGUGUUCAAAUGGAUAUUGGUCCAGGUGUUGUCACCAACUUUAAACUGCUUAAUUUGUGGGGAAAUUCUCAAUUGCCCUAUGCCUUCAUGUGCAUGAAGUUGCCACAAACUGCGAUAAAUUGGCGCCUUGUGGAUCGAGUUGAGGGCAGGUUCAUUCCCAUACCAUUCGAUCUAAAACUUUCAAUGAAGCCCCCUUUAAUGGCUGUGGAUAACAAAAACUUUCCCAACCUGGUAUUGGUACAAGGAUUCUAUGUUUAUUUCGUCAACUACAAAAAGUGGACAUGGAAAAGAUUUAUGAACGCCCAUAAAGUUCCUGUUACCGUUCUUCAAAAACAUCCUUCCGAGGAUUGUUUUGCUACUGGUGAUGAAACUGGCAAAAUUUUCCUAUGGCGAGAAUUUACUAGCCAAGCUGAAGUAAAGACGUCACUUUACCAUUGGCAUCAUACCAAAGUUACAAGCAUUUGCUUUACCGUAUCCGGUGCUAAUUUCUUCAGCAGUGGUGAUGAAGCUGUUUUGGUCAAAUGGAAUGUACAAAAUCCCGAAUAUAAACAAUUUUUGCCACGCAUGUCAGCAAAAAUUCAACAUAUUGUUGUAAGUCCGGACAACUCACAAAUUGCCGUGUGCACCGUCGAUAAUGGCGUACAAAUUGUGGGAACUGAAAAUAAAAUACUCAGCAAUCUGCAAGAGUUUACCUAUAUAGUGGAUGACAAGACAGGCAACAGCAAAUUUCCUGUAGGAUUGCGUUUAAAUCCUCGCACUAAUACCCUGGUACUCAAUGGUCGUACGGGUUCUUUACAAUUCUAUAAUACAUAUACUAAGAAUAUGUUAUACAAUCUAAAUAUUGUCAAUCAAAAUCAAUUGUCUACAGAAAGUGAUCGUAUCUUAUAUGACAUACGAGUGACCAAGGCCGCCUUUAAUAUUGAUUGGUUGGUUACCGGGGAGGUGUUCAACGAUCAAGAACAUUUGCCUGAAUUGCGUUUGAAAUUUUGGAAAUUUCAAGAGGAAUCACAACGCUAUGCUCUCAACACAAAUAUUGAAUUGCCCCAUGAAGGUGGUUUCAAGGCUAUUGAAUUCUCGAAUGAUUAUCAGGUGGAUAAUCUACUUUGUGCCACCGUGGGCGAGGAUAACAUUAUCAAAAUGUGGUGUCUUCAUGAUUCCGAUAGUAUAUAUAAAGAUGGUAAAUCAUGGUUUUGCAUUGCUCAGACCUCCUACAGAAAUCUACCUGUCGAAUCGAUAUCCUUUUCACAAGAUGGCUCCCUACUUGCCGCUGGAUUUGGCAAUACCCUGUGUAUAUACAACGCGGAAGAUUUGAAACUUAAAGCUGCCUUGUCUGCGCCCAAUGGUAUGGAUGGUUGUGUUAACAAAGUCCAGAUUCGUAUACCCUCAAAAAAUGUCAAUGGCGUUAAAGUGGAUUUAAAAGAGAAACGUGAUCGACUCAUGAAAUUAUUUUCCAAUAUGUUGGAAUUAAAUGAUGAGACUUUGAUAAAAGAAUUACAUAAAACUGUUAAUGACAAGAGAACAAUAUCACAGCAUAAAGCCUCGAAGCCAGUCAUUCGUUUGGGUGAUGAACAAAAGAAAGCUCUCUACGCCAGAGUACUACAAAUGCAUGAGCUAAACCUGUUUCAAAAGGUUAUGAUUUAUCAAAAAUUAGGCAUUGGCCUUAAGGUUCAUCCACAAAUGGCCAGCAAGGUUGCCGACUACAUUCACAAUACAGUCAAACAACGUAGGAAGGAGAAACGUGUACAGCUAUUGCAUGCACAAGUGCAUCAUUUGAAUAAGCAAUGUCGCUUUAAAGCUAAAUAUCGUUUGGAACAGCACACCAAAAGGCAGCGCAUUUAUGAUGCUGCCAUAACCAACAAUCUGGUGCCGCUGUUAAGUCUUAUGAAUUUAAGCCACAACACCCAAACUCCAGUGACCAAUGGUUCUGGCUCUUCUCAAGCCUCGAAGGGCACAAAAGACUUUAAGGAAAAGGUGAUACCAAGCAAACCUAGCAUUGCUCAAAUAAGACAUGUUCAAUUUGCUGCAGAGGAAUAUGGUCAUUUGGUAGCUGUAUGCACAGAACGUCGUAUACUCAUAUGGAAUCUGUUAACGUUACGCUUACAAUCGGUAUUAAAAUUAAGCGUAAAACAUUUUACAUUUGAUCCACAGACAAAUUUAAUGGCAGUGGUUACAAAUUAUGAUGAACUUCAUAUUUUCCAACCUAAUGUACCACUGCCUAUUUAUCAACGCCGUAAUAUGCCUAAACUGCAUGGCAUGGCCUGGAUACCCAGGCGUUACCCCAAGCAACGUUCUCUUAAUUUAGAUUGGCAGGCUCAAUCUACCUUAUACUUCUUAACAGAUGAUCAACACAUUAUAUUCUUGUCCUCAUCCAGGGAAAAACAACCAGAUGCACCAACGCCUGUUGUUUUCGACAAUGUUGCCUCUGAGUUAAUGCAGUACACCACCUUUGGAACGUAUGCUGUAAAGUCAACAAUAGAAAAGCAAGCAUCUAACAGACAGUCAGGUCCCUUAGUAUUGGGUAAUUCUGAUAGGACGGCGGUGAAAGCGCUAAUCGACAUGUCCACCCAUACUAUGCCCCCCAUGAGUCUCAUGUGUGAAGAUUUUCUAAUGUCCAUGGUUAAAAAAGUUGCUAGCGCCACUGGCAGCAGUAGUCAAACAAACUCCCACCAUAACAAUGCUGAUGAUGAUGUCGGCGGCGGCGAUGCUUUGUCAACACGUCUUAAUGGUAAUGGCACUACAACAAAUGGUUUUGGGGGCAACCAUUCAGAUGAUGAAGAUGAUGCCUCACCUGCCACCAAUAACGUCAACAAUAAUAUACGCAAAGAUCUAAUGCGAAAAGCCGAAGAACUGAAGCGCAUACAUAAAGUCAAAUCUGAAGAUAUGCCCGCCAACGAAGACUUGGAGGAGACAAGACUACGGUUAAUAGCGAAACAAACCAUACAUUUGGAUUUUUAAGAAGUUUGCAAUUUUAAGAUUAUUAAGCUAUUGUCUAAACUCACAUUGAGUUAGACUUAAUUUAAUUUUUAAAUUUCAAAAUUACUGGCUUUUAGUUCAAUGGCUUAGCUAUUUCAACUCUCUAAAUGGAAAUAGUUAAUUAAUCUUUUAUAGUUUUAAACUAACCCCAUUGUAAAUUAAUAUGUAUUUAUGAAUUUUAUCUAAAUAACUGUCAUAGAUUUCUUGAUAAGCCAUAGAACUAAAAGUUGUUCACUUUUUAUUUGUAUCCUCAAUGGUAAGCUGAGCAAUAAGACCACCACGCCUUCUUUAUAGCUUCUCUAUAGCUGUAUAGCGCCACUUCCUAUGUCAUCAUAUGUUGUAAUAAAACUAGUUGCUGUUGUUUUUCUUUAGGUCUUAAUUCUAUGACUUUAUUUUGAA